UGGGCUAGGCCGACCAUUCAGUAGUAGUGUAGUAACGGCUCUACGCUCUAUGUAGAGCAAUCUCGCCAUACCCUCGUACAAGGACCUCUCCGGACUGGCAUUUUGAACUCCCUUCUGUGUGCAUUUGUGCAGGUGUGUGUGUGAGAGAGAGAGAGAGUGUGUGCGAGCGCGUGUAUGAGCUCAAGGAUCCUGUGGUGACCCCUCGUGUGCUCGGUGCAUUCCCCGGUGUACAUCCUGCGGGAUAGAGUUUACUCGCGAAAAAGUGUUCUUGUGUGACGAAGCAACGACAUGAAGCUUUUCGUUGCAGCUCUGGUGGCGGCCUGCCUGGCCACAUCCAGCUUGGCCAACCCGGCGCCGGACUGUCCGCCGAGCGGGCACGUCAGCGGCUACUCCUAUCCUGCCCCAACCGUUCAGCUGUCAGUCGGCAAGGCGAUCAACUCGGUCAGCGUGACGCCCGGUUUCUCGUCCUACUCGGUCGAUGGGGAGGUGAAGUACGCGUCGGUUGGUCCCUCGUACAGCUCGUACGAAGCAUCGCCAGCCUACAGUGCAUACGGUGCCUCCGGUGAGGAUCUGAAGCUGACCAGCUACGAGGCGGGAGUGAAAACGGUUGCUGCCGCACCGGCCGUCACCUACGCCACCAAGUCCGCCGGUGUGGUGUACGCGGACAAGUCCCCUGCCGCUACCUUCGCCUCGGUGGUCCCAUCCGUCAGCUACACGAAGACGGUCGCUGCUCCGGCUGUCUAUGCACAGCCCGCCGUCAGCAAGGCGGUGUACACGAGCGCCGCUCCGGCCUAUGUCACCAAGGAGUAUCUACCACCGACCGUCAAGACGUACGCCGCUCCGGCUGUCGCUUCGUACGUGGCCGCUCCUGCUGUCACUAAGUAUGCCGCUGCACCAGCUGUCUCGUCGUACGUUGCUACUGCUCCGGUUGUGAGCAAGUACGUGUCUGCUGGUCCGGCUGUGUCGUACGCUGCUGCUCCGGCCGUGUCCUAUGCUGCUGCUCCGGCCGUGUCGUACGCUGCUGCCCCGGUUGCCAAGGUUGCCACGACCAGCUACGCCAGCUAUGCUCCUGCUGCCAAGGUCGCCACUUAUGCUGCUCCUUCCUACGGAUACGCCGCGUCUUACGCUCCGGCUGCCAAGGCUUAUGCCAGCUACGCACCAGCCACUUCUUACGCUAGCUACGCACCGGCUACGACCUACGCCAGCUACACGCCGGCCGCCAAGGUAGCCUCCUAUACUCCGGCCGUUGGAUACGCUUCCUAUGCCCCGGCCACCAAGGUUGCCUAUGCUGCUCCGGCUGCAAGCUAUGCCAGCUCGUACGCCACCACCUCCAAGCUGGCCUAUGCCGCGCCCGCUGUCACGAAGACGGUUGUAUCGGCUCCGGCUGUCGCUUCCUACUACGCUGCUCCGGCCGUCACCAAGUACUCGUCGGCCCCGGCUGUGUCCACCGCUUACGUGUCUGCCCCGACCGUCACCAAGUAUGCCACGUCCGCUGCCUAUGCUCCGGCCGUCUCCAGCUACGUAGCCCCGUACUCUGCCCACGCCUACACCCCUGCCGUCAGCAAGUACGUGUCCACGCCAGCCGUCUCCUCGUACUACGCCACCCCGGCCGUCUCGAAGGUCGUGUCCUCUCCGGCUUACGCCUCGUACGUGUCUGCUGCUCCGGCUGUGGCCAAGGUUGCUGCCGUUCCUGCCGUCUCGACUGCUUACGUGUCGGCUCCAGCCACCGUAACCAAGACUGCUUACUCCGGUGCCUAUCUGUCGGCUCCAGCCGUUGCUAAGGUGGCGUACGGUCCGGCCGUCGCUUCCUACAGCGCGGGUCCUGCUGUAUCGGGUUACAGUACCGGUUCGGCGUACUCGUCGUACUCUGUCGCUCCGGCCGUCUCCAAGGUGGUAGCCACUCCGGCCGUCGCUGCCUACAGCACUGGUCCGGCUUACUCUAGCUACUCGGUCGCUCCGGCCGUCUCCAAGGUAUACUCAUCGCCAGCUGUCGCUGCGUACAGUUCCGUCCCGGCUGUUUCGAAGGUCUACUCAACCCCGGCCGUUGCCACGUACAGUUCCGUCCCGGCUGUUUCGAAGGUCUACUCGACCCCGGCCGUUGCUGCUUACAGUGCCGUCCCGGCCGUAUCCAAGGUCUACUCCAGCCCAGCAGUAGCCACCUACAGCGCCGGCCCGGCCGUCUCCAAGGUGUACUCUUCUCCGGCCGUUGCUGCGUACAGUGCCGGACCGGCCUACUCUUCCUACUCGGUCGCACCGGCCGUCUCGAAGGUGUACUCGACGCCAGCCGUCGCUGCCUACAGUGCUGGCCCAGCUUACUCUGCCUACUCGGUCGCACCGGCCGUCACCAAGUACGCCACGAGUGCGGGUGCCAUCGCUAGCUAUGCCAAGUCCGGCGCCGCCCACGGAUACUACUCCGCUGGACCCGCUGUUUCGGCCUACGAUGGCUACCGUUAUGCUGCCGCUGCUCCGGCUCUCACCACCGCCUACACUGCCCCUGCCACCGUGGUCAAGACCGUCGCUCCGACCACCGUCGUCAAGACUGUCGCUGAGAAGUACCUCGAACACUACGACGAUAAUGCACGCUACGCUUUCGAGUACGGCGUGAACGACCCACUGACCGGUGACAUCAAGCACCAGAAGGAGGAACGCGACGGUGAUGUCGUCCGUGGUCAGUACUCGCUGGUCGAACCGGACGGUAAUGUGCGCACGGUCGACUACUAUGCCGACUGGGCCACCGGUUUCCAUGCCACCGUCACCAACAGUCGGGACCAGGUGCACGCCACCAAGGUUCUCGGCAAGCGCGACACCGUGAAGGCGUAAGAGCCUCACUCGCUCACUCGCUGAAGAAGCGAUCGCGUUUGCAGUUUUUGCUUCACUGUACAGAACGUCCCCCUGCACCAUCCACAACCAUCCACUGCCAGAUUCCCCCUGUCCGAACCCUCAUUCUAAAGCCCAAGUGUUGGACGUAGUUUAAAGGAAAAAAAACAUCCGAUCCGGUGACGAUCAGACGUCGGCCAGCGAUCGUUGUUUAGCGUUGUUUCGUUUCGUUUUGUGUUUAACGCUAAUCACGCCAUCAAGCUCUAUCGCCCCAUCCGAUCCCGUUUGAGCAUCGCUGUGAGAGAAAACGGAAACAGGAAGCACGCAGGCGAAUAUGAUGAUUUCAAACGGUUUUGUCUUUUUGCUAUUUGGUUUGAUUCGUUUCGUACGUUGUUACAUUUAUUUAUUUUCGAUGGGUGCGUGUGCGAACUGCGCACCAUCUAGGCCGCGUGCAUCGUCCUGGCAUUAGGAAGGUAAGCAGGGAAGUUAUCAUCGCAGGACACCCUCCCAUGGCGUCGAAAGCAGCGCACUUUGCCAGAGAAACGCUACAUUCGCACCGUUUGACUCUGUAAAUAUACACCUAUCAUACACCGUACCCCAUUCCGCACCAACAAAAAAAAAGAACCGCAACCCAUCCACGCGGUCCAUUACGAGCGGCCAUUUUGUUUUGCUUUGUUUGUUUUUCGUGUUAUCGUUUUAUCUGUCAAUCACAAUCCCAUCCAUCUCAUCACGAUCCCGUCCCACCCGGCUUUAGACGUGCAGGGACGACGUAGCGACCAGUUUUGUUCUAUCAUCCCGUACCUCGUUUCCAGGACCAUCCAUCAGGACACUUGCCGGACAGCCGUUGGAAAGUGCGCGCCCCAUGUUAUCUUUGUGAUAGAAGUGUCAUACAAAUAUAUGUAUUUUAUUACUCUUUUUAAAACA